AUGGGAGUUUCAGCGAGCCUACCAAUGUACGCCGUUGAAGAUAUCUCUGGCAAGGGUAAAGGCAUCAUCGCGACCAAAGAUAUACCAAAGGGCACGCGAAUCAUCUCUGAAACAGCUUUCAUUACUGUAGGACGCCCAAUCGCAAACAUGGAGCAGCUGGACAUGUCUAUUCAUCAACAGGUCAGCUCUCUAAGCAAAGACCAACUACGCGAGUUUUUAUCUAUGGACAAUGUCUAUCCUUACGCCACUCCUAUAGAGAAAUGGCGUGGCAUCUUUCGAACGAAUGCCCUACCCAUGGGAUCGACUUUGGAUGCUGGGGGUAUUUUUAUGAAAGCAUGUCGAAUCAAUCACGCCUGUGACAGUAAUGCACAAAACUUUUGGAACGAGAACCUUGAUCAGCUCACGAUCCAUGCUGUAAGAGAUAUCCUUGAAGGGGACGAGAUCACAAUAUGCUACCUGAGCAGUCGCAGAGAUCGCAAGACGCGGCGGGAAGAGCUCCAGGAGAACUUCAAAUUCACAUGCUACUGUCGACUCUGCUCUUUACCACGCAACCAGAGCAGGAAGAGUGACGUGAAGCUGAACCGAAUCCACAAGUUAGACUGCAUAAUCGAUGAAGGUGGUGUACCGGGCCUCAUCUUGUCCUCCCGGCGAAUGCUGAGCUGUGUCGAUGAACAGGUCCGGCUUUGGAACGAACCGAUCUUGGAUGAAGUUGGUCUAGCCCAGGCAUAUCCCGACGCUUUCCAGAUUGUUAUCGCGAACGGCGACUUGGCGAGGGCCCGGAUAUUUGCAGAAAGACUGGUGCCACUAUACGUGACCACCAUUGGGGCCGACACUCCGGAUGUGAUACAGUACAAGAAACUAAUUCAAGACCCGACGACCCAUGAAUACUAA